AUGGGAGGAGGCUUAUUGCACCUUUUUGAUUUCAAUCAAGGCAGCAUGGCCAGAAAACUUUUUACUCACAAGAAGCAUGAUGGCGGCCUGGAAGCUCCACGAAAUAGCCUGGAGCUGCAAGUAGAACCUCAGAGCUAUUGUGAUGUGGGAGAUUUACCGAUUGAAGAAAAUUGGUCCAAAAAGAAUUAUCCUCUUGAAAGUUCAAUGAAGAAAUUGAUCAAUGAGGAAAUAUCAAAACAUUCAAGUACCAGACAAAAUGCACCAAACAUUGUGGCCCGACUCAUGGGGAUGGAUAUGUUUCCAUUGGAUACAAAAUCUGCAGUUCAGCCUAUUGAGGAAAAGAGUGAAAAUAGGAGAAUGAAAUCUUCAAAGAAGGAAACGAAUGGAAGGAGCUCAGCUGCCCAUGUCCCUUCUAACUUAAAUUCCUCCAGGCAGAUCGAUCUUGAUUCUUAUUAUCAUAAUAACGAUAGAUAUGCCACUAGGUGGGGUGAUGACCGGAAAAUUGAAAAUCCAAGGCGUAAAGAACAUCCUCAAGAGGAGGAACUAAAAAAGUUCAAGAAAGAAUUUGAAGCAUGGCAAGCUGCCAGGUUUAGGGAAUGUUCAAGGAUUGUCGAAGUUGACAGCACUGCAGGACGUUUGCUUGGUCAAGAGGACCUCAACAAGGAAAAGGUGGCACUUUCAGGGCGUACAGCAAUUGAGAAGACUGUAGAACCUAAGGAUUAUGCAGUAAAAACAAUCUCACAUGAAGGAGGUGUUUUGCAAUGUCGUGGAGAUAAGACAGAAUUAUUCCCAGCUGAGCAUGAGGGACCUUUUUCUUCAAGAAGCAGAAGAACCAUGAGCUUAGACUUUGAGCAAUCUUCCAUGAGUUCUAAAAAGAGAUUGGACGCAUCUUCUGUUCCUACAAGGAUAGUUAUCUUAAAACCUGGUCCUGAUAGACUUUGUAACCAGGAAGACACUUGGAUAGGUUCUUCAAACACUUUAGAGCAGAGGGGUGGCAUAGAAGAUUUUCUUGAGGAGGUGAAGGAAAGGCUAAAAUGUGAACUGCAAGGGAAAAUGCAUAAAAGGGGUUCUGUUGUCCGAGGAAGUGGAGUCGAGACUCCAUAUAGUGAACAGCCAUCAGCUCCUAAGAAAAUUGCUCAACACAUAGCAAACCAGGUUAGAGAAAGUGUAACUAGGGACCUUGGAAUGAAUUUGCUCAGGUCAGAAUCAACAAAAUCAUACAGAAGCGAAAUUCAGUUCAAUGGACCAGAUUCCCCAGAAUUCAUACAUAGAGAUACUAGAAGGAUCUUCUUAGAGAGACUAAGAAGUGCUUCGAAAAGAGAAACAGAUCUUGGUGUUCCUGUAUUAGUUUCUGGAAGCUCUAGUUUAUCUGCAUUUGACAAUGAUAGGGUCAGACUAAAACAAGUGGGAGAUACUCUGGAAGCUCAAAAAGACAUGAGUUGCUGGGAAAGGGGAAUAGUGAAAUAUGAACAUGAAAAAACAAGAUCAUUCAGACAUGGACCACAUGAUAAUGAGGUGCUUGAUAGAGAGUUGUCCCCUAGAAACCUCAUUAGGUCUUUAUCAGCCCCAGUACCCGGAACAUCUUUUGGGAAACUUCUUCUGGAGGACCGUCAUGUUUUAACUGGUGCUCACAUCCAGCGGAAGCAUGAAGGCAUUGACCACAUGUCCAUGGAGAUGAAACAUCAGAAGAAAGAAAGGUUUAAUUUUAAAGAAAAAGUUUCCAAUUUCAGAUACAGUUUUACUCUUAGGGGGAGACUGUUUGGCAAAAAAAUUCAAUCAAUUGCAGAAUCACAUCGUAACAAUUAUCCUAUGAAGGAUAUCAUGAGUGGGCCAACAGUGGUUAUGAACUCCGGAGAGAGACAUGAGAAUUUCACUGAGGUCCCUCCUAGUCCUGCAUCUGUUUGCAGCAGUGCUAGGGAAGAUUUUUGGAGGCCAACUGAUUAUCUUAGUCCAAUAUCAACUCCUGCAACUCCAAGAGAGGAUAAUAUUGUUCCUCGGGCUUUCAGAGACAUCAGCGAUAAUCUGAAUGAGCUGCGAAGGCAACUGAAUCAACUUGAGUCUGAUGAGCCUGAGGACAUAAAAGAUGAACAGAAAGUGGUCGAGACUGAAAUGGUUGGGUUAGAGGACCCAGCAGAGGCUUACAUACGAGAUUUGCUUGUUGCUUGUGGUUUGUAUGAUGGGUCAUUUGAGAAAUCAUUAGCGAGAUGGGACACAUUUUCAAAGCCCAUCAGCAACUCAGUGUUCGAAGAAGUGGAAGAAUCUCUCAAAAAAUUGGCCAAGAAAGAUGAUAGCUCAGCAAAUGAUCACAAUGAAAAGGUAGACCACAAGGUGUUACGUGAUUUGUUGAACGAAGCUCUUUCAACUGUUCUUGGACCACCUAUAAGCAUGUCUAAGUUUAGGAGAAAAAUUAUAGGUUCCUCUGUGCUGCCACCUUUACGUGGUAAGAAGUUGUUAAAUUGUGUGUGGCAAAUUAUCCGUGAGCGCCUACACCCUCCAACUGAUGGACCCUGUUACUCACUUGAUGACAUGGUCUCCCGGGAUCUUGGAUCGAGUCCUUGGUCGGGACUGAUGGAUGAUGACGUUAAUGCUCUGGGAGGAGAGAUGGAAAGCCUGAUCACGGAAGAUCUUGUUCAGGAAAUUUUGGAUGAUAUGCAGUUAUGA